GCUGUCAAUGAAACACAAUUCGAGCGAUUUAAAUUCUACAUGCAAGAACAUAUUUUGUUUGCAUCUGAAAUAUAUAGAACGUUUUAGCAUUUCCAUGUUAUAAUUAGACAGUUUUGAGCUUUGAUUUUAUUCCAAAUAAUAAAAUCUAUCUGAACGAGUGAGAUGACGCUUGCUAGCGACAAUUUAGACCAAUGCUACUUUUGUUCUAAUAUAUGCAAUGAGGAAUUUCGUCAUGCGUUGGUUCCCACCUAUCUUCAAGGACAGGAACUAAAAAUUAUCCUGCAGAAGUUGAGCGGUUUCACUUCCCAGCUAAGCAGUUAUCCUACGUGUGAAAAAUGCCGCCAAGAGUUCGUAACCGUCCACAACAUUCCCGAGAGCUGCUUUCUAGUUUUGUCCAGGGCUGAACCGACCGCCAUAAAAAUGGAGCCAGAGUUGAUGAUUGAUGACCACGAGCUGCCGAAUAAUGAGAACAUUUUCGAGACAGUCCCAAUUGAGCAGCAAGCUGAUAUACAAAUCAAGGGACAAAAUGGAGAGCUAUUCUCUAUCACAGAAAUGAACGAAGAAGACAACAGUACGUCAAUAAUUCCCGUUACACAAAGAAUAGGAGAUUGCGAAGCUCCGCAGAAGAAAGUCCGUCAUAAACAACAGGAACCGGUGAAAUGUGAAAAAUGCGAAAAAACAUUUACCUCAAAAUACGGACUCAGAUUGCACGUUCGAAUUCAUACCGGUGAACGUCCGCAUACUUGUCCACAAUGCCCAAAAACAUUCAAGGAUGAUACAGCACUGCAAUUCCACAUUCGAACACAUAUGGGCGAACGUCCGUAUUCCUGUCUACAAUGUCCAAAGGCAUUUAAGCAUCCUACAACGCUCCAACAGCACAUUCUCACUCAUACCGGUGAACGUCCCUUUGCUUGUCCACAUUGCUCAAAAACGUUUCUGGUAUCUUCAUCGCUCCGAAAGCACGUGCGAAUUCAUACGGGAGAACGUCCAUAUCCUUGUUCACAUUGUCCAAAAGCGUUUAUGAAUUCUUCAGCACUGCAAUUGCAUACUCGAACUCAUACGGGUGAACGUCCUCAUUCUUGUCCGCAUUGUCCAAAGGCGUUUAAGCAUCCUACAACGCUCAAACAGCACAUUCGAACUCAUACGGAUGAACGUCCCUAUUCUUGUCCACAAUGUUCGAAGGGGUUUAAGCAUCCUACAUCUCUCAAACUCCACAUUCGAACUCAUACGGGUGAACGUCCCUAUCCUUGUCCACAUUGUCCCCAGACGUUUAUGGAUUCUUCAUCGCUCCAUAGGCACAUUCGAACUCAUACCGGCAAACGGCCCUUUUCUUGUCCACAUUGCCCAAAAGCGUUUAUGGAUUCUUCAGCACAGCAAUUCCAUAUUCGAACUCAUACGGGCGAACGACCUUAUUCUUGUUCACAUUGUCCCCAAACGUGUAUCAAUCCUUCAUCGCUCCAGAGACACAUUCGAACUCAUACCGGUGAACGUCCCUUUUCUUGUCCACAAUGUUCAAAAGCGUUUACGGAUUCUUCAGCACUCCAAAAGCACGUUCGAACUCAUACGGAUGAACGUUCAUAUUCCUGUCCACAUUGUUCCAAAACUUUCAAGUACCCCACAUCGCUGAAGAGGCACAUUCGAAUACACACCGAGAAAGAAUAAAACUUACAUUUGAGAAUCAUGUAAACGAGCUUUUACCCAGUCCUACUAUCCUACCAUACACCUCCGCGGUAAGCACAGCCAGAUCAAAUUAUAUCGGGGCUAUGGGGGUAUUAUGGUUUACCAUCUGAGCAGUUGUGUUCACGAUACAAAUGAAUAGGCCACAUCAUUGGUGACGGUGAAAUAAGGAACCUCUUCCAACGAAUACAAUGAAGUUUCCCCACGUGCCUGUAAUUCGGAUGGAGCAGCGACAAAACAAUGAUUAGAGAAAAAAAUGGGCUGGUUAUAUCUAUGAUAUAAACGCAAGGUUGACGUGGGGAAGCCGUUGGGUUAGUAAGCAUUUUUUUUUUUUAUCUGUAUUAUAGUGAUUUUCAACUCAUUUGGCUGGUUCGUCACUUGUACUUCCAUUUUUGGAAGAAUGUCGGGAGUGAGAAUUGAACUCGUGACCUUCAGCGUGAGAGGCAUGGAUGUUACCACUACGCCAGAUCGCCUCCAAGUAAGCAUUUGUUUGUAUUGAAUAAAUUAUUGAUUGAAUGAAACUA